UCUUGACUUGAAUUCUUUGAUACACAUAUUGGGCGCGCGUGGAUAUUUUCAGACUUGUGGUACGUUAAAAACUUGGAAACGGGUUAAAGACCAAUCCGGAAAUCCCAAGGGUUUUGGAUUUGCAGAAUAUGCGGAUGCUGAUAGUGUGCUACGUGCUUUACGUGUGCUUGGUGGCGAAGGUACUGGUGAUGAAAAGAAAGACAAGGGUGUUGUUCUUCCAGCUUUAGAAGAAGGUGCCACUGGCAAAAAAUUAAUAGUUAAAGCUGAUGAGAAUACAAGAAAGUAUCUUGAUCAAUACGAAGCCUCAAGGCCGAGAACAGUGCAUGAUACAGAAUUAGACAAAAAUGCUUUGUUAUCCGUCAUAAAUGUUGUCGAAGACAUGACUAAACCACAGGAUAGAAAAGAUUCGUCAUCUCUCUUACUACAUUUGCACCAUGAAAAUAGGGUAUCACUUCGAUCACCAGCUUCAGAAUUAAAAAUGGAACAUGGAGAAAAAGAUGAUGACACAGAUUUACCGGCGGAUCUUCCUCCGGAUCAAAAAGAUCUUAUUUACCGAGAAAUUGCUUUCUUUCGAGAACGUGCUGCGGCAAGAGAACGAGAGCGUCAAAGAGAAGAAGAAGAAAGAGCGAGUCGUAGAGCCAAGGCUGAGAAAGAAAGAGAGCGUUCUCAUGGAAAAGAAAAUAGAGAGAGGGAUCGUGAUAGAGAUCGGCAAUAUGGACACUUCCAUCAAUCUGUAAAUUUCAUUCCUGCGAGGGAAUCAAGACGUGAAUCUUAUGUCUUUGAUGAUGAAGAGGAGGAACAGCGCAGGCAAGCUAAAAGAAAAACCGAAAUGGAAAUGGCUUUUAAAGAGAGGGAAAGGAGGUGGCAACAUAGAGAGGAGACAAUGGCAACAAAUCGUGAAC